CUUUGGUGGACACUCUAACACAAUAGAGUCACCAAGAAGACACUGAUACCAACACGACUGCUGUCAUAUAUGAGAAGGUGCCUCCCAGACUCCCAUGUUUCUCAAUAUUGUUAUUUCUCUUAUCAAAAGUGAUAAAUUUGACGGAUACAUAAUCAUGCAUGCGCAAUGCAGGAAACAACAACGUGGGCUGACCAGACUUCCGCCUUCGUCUGGGAUCGUCCAACAGUGCCGGAGAGCUGGGAAAAUACGUCAUUCAUUGACGGAGAGACUAAAGGCAACACCAAUGGCCAAAGCCUUCUUGAGGCUUUCUUGGACAUCCCUGACCACUCCUCGAGGUCCAACUACGAGCUCUCUGUCUUUAAUCAGAUAUUUGAGUCGGACAGACUUGAAAAGAUCAGCGACGGAGAUUAUGAAGACACAAAAGGGUUGACAGUUUGGAUUCACGACAGAAAUAUUACAACGGGCGAAACUCGCCCAUACAAUGGUCCAAUUGUAACAAAGAAGUUCGAUGAGGUGUUGAAGCGAGAGCGUUUGUCGGACCCGGAAUUGACAGAUGUUCAUAUACGUCGCAUGUAUUUGCCCAAUCCAUAUCCAUCGACAUUAGGAGUAUUGGCUUUGAGCUCCUCGCAGCAACACCGUGUUAUGAUCAGAGAGAUGAUUUACAAACAUCUCAAGGGAGAUACUUCUCUAUCUGUCGAGUUUGGUCUUGCCGGAAGGACUUUCACUUUCGAGUCCCACAUCCCAUUCUUCGUGCUUAAGACGAGCACAGCCGCCAAAAUGGAUAAUCGAAUGAACUCUAAAAGCAAGCCCUUACGAAAAACUCAUGACCUAUCCUUCCUAUCAAGGUCCCGUAAUAGACUCCAUAACGAUACAACAGCCGCUGCUCUACAUGAGUGCCACACCUCAAUGGUCAUAACUGGAUGGAACCUGAACUUCUGGACAGCAUGGUGCUUGAAUGAUACAUACUACUACGACGACGAUGGCAAUGAUUGCUGUAAUGAAGACAUGCUACUGUACUACGUUAAGCCGGACAAAAACGACGAUGACAACGACGACGACGACUCUGGCCACGACUUGGAUCCGUUGAGCAUUGGAAAUCUCUCCGCAAAUGGCACAUCUCCAGAAGAUCCACGAGAAUACUUCUUGCUUAUUCUGAAGUUUAGGAUGCAAAAGUACAAAGAAGAGUGGGCCAACAUCCUUCACUAUGUGAAUGAUAGUGUCUCUCACUCUUGGAUACUCAUAUCUCACUCUUACGAGAGAAAACAACCCUGGGAAAUAUUGAUGACCACUCUGAAGCGGUCCAAAAUGAUGAAGCUUGGGUGAUACAAACCAUCAAUCUUUUAACCAAGCUUAUAGCCGCACUAUCCAAGACAAUUAGAUAUUGCCGCAGGUUUCAUUCAAGAGACGCACGAUCAAUCACUAUGGAAUCGGAUACCAAUAUCCCUAGCCGAACGGGCAAUACUCUACAUUUAAU